ACAUUCUUUAUCAUCUUUUCUUUCACAGAAAUGGCCACUUUUUCUCUUUCUGCUAAUCACACUCCUCCUUCUCUACUCAAUGCUCAAUCCCCUAAAGCCAAUCUCCCUCAAACCCUCAAUUUCAUCCCCAAAUUUUCACAAUCCCAGUUUUAUGGUCUCAAGCUUCUCCAUGCCUCUUCCCUUUCAAAGCCCUCAGUUUCUUCCUCUUCAACAAAAAGCUCCAUUUUUGCUAAGGUAAGUAAGGGUUCAGUGCCACCAUCAUUUACAUUGAAAGAUCAAGCUGGAAGAAAUGUGACCCUCUCCAAGUUCAAAGGAAAGCCUAUUGUGGUUUAUUUCUACCCUGCUGAUGACACUCCUGGUUGUACCAAACAGGCCUGUUCAUUCAGGGAUUCAUAUGAGAAAUUCAAGAAAGCCGGAGCUGAAGUUGUUGGGAUUAGCGGUGAUAAUCCAUCCUCCCAUAAGGUCUUUGCAGAAAAAUACAAACUUCCAUUCACAUUGCUAAGUGAUGAAGGGAACACUGUAAGAAAAGAGUGGGGAGUCCCUGCAGACCUCUUCGGUGCAUUGCCUGGGCGACAGACUUAUGUUCUUGACAAGAAAGGAGUGGUCCAACUCAUCUAUAACAAUCAAUUCCAGCCCGAGAAACAUAUUGACGAGACAUUGAAGCUACUCCAAAGUCUUUAACUGCUGAUCAAGGUUUUCAGGUUAUAUAUUUCAUGUUCUCGUCUGCAUAAUCUUGGCUGUUGUAAGGGCUAAAGGCUUCAGAGAACCAGCUCAUCUUCCUCCACGGUUCCCAUCCCAUUUCUUCACAGAUUUCGUCGCUGUGGUUGAUGCUGAAGGUAGAAAUGCAGCUCCUCUUGUAAAACCUGGUGCUCCUCUUCAUGAUUUCCAUUUCGUCUGUUGUCUGUUUGAGCAUCUUCUCCACGCUAGGGAGCUUGAAUUGUUCGUCGACUAGUCUAGACAUCCAUUUGCACCGAAGCUCAGCUGUGUGCAGGUUAGACACGCUCUCGAUGUAGCCGACGAAAGCCAUGUUAGGAAUCAGUGGAUUGAUUGUGCCCCUGCAUAUACAUACAGAACAUACUAAGCUGCAUCCUUAAAUGUCUAAUGUUGUCAU